AUGUCUAAAAGAAACAUUUUUGAAAAAUAAGAUAGUAAUCUAUCAAGGGGAUCUUUUGCCAGAUAAAACACAAAUCGAAAUUUUGCUGGAUAGAAAUCAUUUUUUUCCAAAAUUACUAAUACUAUUUCGAAACCAUAAGAUGAAGGUUGUUUUUAAAUUCUUACUUUCUAGAAAUACAAUUUUUAGGUAAAGGGUAGGACUCAUGUAUUCGUGUUUUAAUUUAUUUGCUAUUGAAUUAUGAUGGAAUGGAAUAAUAUUUGAAAAAAUAAUCAGUCCUUGCUCCAUUAAAUUCAUAUACUCCUAUAAUGAAAAAUUAUCAAGACUUAAGUCCUAUAAGAACGUAAUAUAUAUAUAUUAUAAAAGAGAAUUGAUAUACUAUUUUUAAAUAAUUUCUGUACGAGAUUUUCAUGACUUUUAUGUUGAUUUUUAUGCUACUUUUGAUAAAAAUAAAAAUUUUUCCCUUGAGCCUGCUGAAUUUAAAUAACUUCUAGAAGUUGCAAUAAAUAAAUGUGUUGGCCCUAAAAAAUUUAAAGUUGUUACUGAUAUCUUUUUAAGCGAACCUUCAUCAUAUGAAAACUAAUUAAAUGAUAAAAUCUUAGGAGAAAUGAUUGAAAACUUUAGAGAUUUAGAUAAGGAAUCAAAAAUUGAUUAUUUACUUCUAUUUCCAUAUAUCCUUAGUUUUUUCUUGGAGUUUACUUAUUCAGAAAUAAAAUAUCGAUAGGGAAGAUUAGAUUUAAUGAGGGGUACUGAAAUAAUAAAGGGGAAGGAAGUAGAGAUAAAAAACAUUACAAGUUUAGUUACAAUACUUAAGGAGAUGGGAAUAGAUUAUCUUCGUGAUAAACGAACUAACUGUAUGACAUAUCGAGAUGUGGAAAACGUUUUAAUUAAAUUAAAAAAUAUUUAGAAGUGGAUAACAUUUGAUAUAAUAAAAUAGAUAAUAAAUUAAUUAGCCAAAUUGAUGUAAGUUGAUUAGAAAACUCAAAAUGAAGGUAAGCCUUUGAAGUUACAUAAGAUAAUUAAUUUUUUGGCAUUGAAAUUAUGUAUUCAUUAAAAUUGUUUGCAUAUAAGUAAAUAAGACAAGGAUAAAUAAAAACCACCAUCAGCAUAUUUAGAAGUAUUGGUUUUAUGGAAUGCUGCCAUGUAUGGAUAAAUAAUGAAAUAAACAAAUUUUGAUUCAUAAUUUAAAAAAUUUUUAGAUAAACAUUACUAAGAUAUUGAAAGUUUUAAUAGAGUUGAAGCUCUAAAAGUAUUGGAAUCAUUUUUUAAAAAGAAAUUUUAAUUGAUGCCAAAAGAUUUAAUUAAAUUGAUUAUGGAGUAACAUUCAUCUUUAUAAAGUAAAAAGGUUAUUAUUUAAUCACCAAUAACAAAAGAAAGUUUACAAAAUGAACUUUAUCAAAUGAUGUGUAAAGAUGGAUAUAGAAAAUUAUAAGAAUAUAUUCGUAUAAGUUAUGAUGGUGUUAUAAAAUCUACUAAUAGUGAUAAAUUGGCUUAGUAUAAAGGUUAAGGUAAAGAUUUUAAUGAUGAUCCUUAAAUUAAUUCUCCAAUAUCUAGUGAUAGAUAAUUUAAAACAUAAUAAGUUGGAGAUUCUAAGAAAUAAUAAUAAUAAUAAUAAAAAUAAAAAAGUAUUGAAUCGAAUUCUGAUAGUGAAAGUGAAUAAGAAAUUAAACCAAAAAAUAAAUUAAAAAGAGCAGUAAAGGUUAUAAGUUCAGAAUAGGCAUUUGCAUAAAAAGUUGAUUAAAAAAAAGAUGUUUUGAAAGCAUGUUUAAUUAUGGAUAGUUUUUUAAAAAGAUAAAAUUAAAUGUACUAAAAAAAUCAAUAAAGUAAAAUACUUAAAUAAAAUUGUUAAACUCCAGAAAAAUAAGAGAAUUUAAAAGAGUUUAAUUUAAUUUAAAAAGAUAUUGAAGAAAAUAAAGAAGCUACAAAAGAUUAGAAUAUUACUAAAAAUAAUAAUAAAGUUAAAGAAAAUAAAUAAUAAAAAGAAUAAUUUAUAAAUCAAAAUGAAAAUUAACCUGAAUCAUCAAAUAUGGAGGAGAAACAUAAAUUAUCAGCAUUUCAUAUGGUUAGACCAAAAAUUAUAUUAAAAGAUAUUAAAAGACAUUCUCAAUCAUAAUCUGGUGAUAUAUUCACAGUUGCAGGGAAAACUGAUAAAAAUGUUGGUCCUUCAAAUUUUAAGAAUGCAUAUUAUGGAAAUUUGAAUACUUAAUCAGAUGCAUCAAAAAUAAUGAAUUGGAGUACUUCCACUAAAAGUCAAGUAUUUUAAUUAACAGAUGAAGUAAUAUUUAUUAAUUUUAUUAUAGGAUUUUAAAGAUGAUGAAGGAAAGUUUUAAGUUGUUAUUGAUGAUGUUUAGUUAUAAACUUAAAUUUUGAUUUAAUAAACUUAAGGUAAAACUAAGAGACCUAAGGAUAGAUCAACUUGUUAUUAUUGCUCUAUUUAUUGA